CAUCUACAUACAGCUAUGCCUACCACAAACAACGCCGACAACAGCAGAGCUGAGGAGGCUGCUUCAGAUGACCAUAGCCAUGACCGCACCAAGUCCGGCAAGAUCCCAACCUUAGAUCAGUUGAUUGCAAAGAUCAAACCUGAAGUCGCUGCCAGCGGCGAUAUCACUCCACGGCCGGGUGCUACGACAACUGUGCCAACCAAUGCUGGCUCACGUCUGCGUCUGCCACAGACAUUGCGGGCGCGUGCCGGCUUGUCUUCCACAGAAACUUCCCCCAGCCAUCCAUAUCCACCCCAAGUUCCCGACACAGCAACUACGACCACUAGUAGCAGCACUCUUCUAAGUCCUGUCCUCGCCGUAGCCGUGCACCCGCCUACAGCAAAGAGCGUAAGCGGGGCCUUCAAGGAGGAAUCUGAUCAGGGCUCUGAAGCGGGAGAAGAGCAUAAGGAUAAAGGCGGGAAGCGCCCUAGAGGAUACAAGAACGUCCCCUCGCUAGAGGCGAUCUCCUCUCGGCUUGCCCUUCUUCGAGAACGGUCGCACGCUCAUCCGCCGUCCACAGUCUCCGAUGAGGAUUCCCACUUCUCUUCCGGUUACUCGUCGGAUCAGUCUCGCCCCCACUCCCGGGAGUCUGUGCGUCGUAUUGUAGAACCCCUUCAGGAUGGCGAGCGGCCGUACGCGAUGGGCCCUCUGGCCGAUGCUCUCAGCGAAGCGGGGGAGUCGGAGGCAGAAGAGGGGGAGAUUGUUGAGGUCCCUGCAGCAAAAAGCGAUGCAGACCAGACACCAACACAGCCUAAAGCUAAAGAAAAGCCGAGCCGGAAGAAGGACGAACAUCCGCUUCUGCAUCAUUGGGUCUGGUUCUACGACAGCAAAGUGCCUCGGUCUAGUGCACCGACUACAGCAGAGUUCCCCCAGAGCAGCGGUACGGCAAGUGUUUUCUCCCCUACUACGCCUGCGGCGGUCGAGCCCAGCCCUAUUGCGAAGGACGACUAUGAGGCGAACCUGCAUGUGAUCGGCGAAAUCUCUACUGUGGAGGCAUUUGCUAGGUACUGGAAUUGGUGCAAGCCGCCCAGCAAGCUUGACAGGGGAUGCAACUAUCAUUUCUUCAAGAAUGGGAUUAAGCCCAUGUGGGAGGAUCAAGCGAACAGCAAUGGUGGCAAAUGGGUGCUAACGAUGCGCAACAAUCCGAGCUACCUGGAUAAAUGCUGGACGGAAAUUCUCAUGUCCCUCGUGGGAGAGCUCUCGCUCGACCCGAACGAUGAAGUCACGGGCUGUGUGGUGAGCAUGCGCAGUCGGAUUGAUAGGAUCCAGCUGUGGCUCAGGGAGAGGAACGAUGUGGAGAAGGUGAACGCUUUGGGGCGGAGGAUGGCCGACCUGUUGGGGAUCGAGCAGGAAAAUGGGCUGAUGUUGGAAUUCCAGUAUCACACGGACGACUGGCCCAAUCCGGGCAAGUAUAUCACCUUGAACACUACCGCCUCGAGCGGACAUGCCCAUACUGGGUCUAGCAGCCACUCUCACUCUGGCCCUUCGAGGGAAUUCGGCACUACGGCAGCCGCGGCCCAGUCUGUGCAGAAUGGAGGUGGGGUGAUGGGGUCGUUCAGUUGGCGCGGCAGCACACUCGAUGGGGGCGGGGGAGGGAGGCAGGUGAGACACAACUUGUUUGGUGACAAGCGCGAGAGAGAUUAGGCACCCACAGCGGGCAGAAUGACUUGCACCUUAUAUGGCGCACCGCACACCAUGCAGAGAACAGACAGAGAUUCA